UCACCUAUGUCACUAGUCAUGGAUAUUACAUUACUCACCACGAUUUUGUUGUUAUUCUUUACCAUUCUUGGAUCGGCAGAGAAAAUUCUCCGCUACAUGCCCACUGAGUUCAAGCUAUGGAGUGACAAUAUCGUUCUAAACUACUCUUUCGCCAUGGACAAAAAUGUGCCUUACGUCAAUGUUACCGCGAAGGUUCUUCAAGAAAUCAAGCAAUUGGACAUCCAUUCGACUGGUGACAUAAUUGGAAAAAAAGAUCCGUCAUACUUUUUCAGUUACAACACCACCUACAGUAUUUGUGAAUUAUUGGCCUGGAAAAGUGCAUCACCGAUUGGAAUGUUCAUCUUCCAAUAUAUGAAGGAAUAUGGAAAUCUUCCAGAUGGCUGUCCAAUUCCAAAGGGUGAAUAUGGAUUCCAUAAUAUUUGGCUUCCAGAAGACCCUCUGACAGCCACACUUCCAGAAAUAACUUUCGAUGUCAACAUUCAAGCAAUUGCCACCACUGUUGAUGGAUCAGCUGUCAACAAGCUAAUUCUAAAUGACUUCUGGAAAGGUGAAGGAACUAUCAUUGAUGUGCCUGCCGUCAAAAAGAGUGUUCUAUCUUUAAUUCCAAAGACCAUGGGAUAAACGGAAUGUUAUUUCAUAUAGUUUAAAUAAAUUGCAAGAGAUUAUAUUAUGAAAAUCUCAUUGAAGAACAAAACAAACCAAACAAAAAGUCAUAUCAAUCACAA